AUGGAUGUCCAGUCCAGGGAGCUCACAGUGACCUACAAAAUUAUCCCACCGCCGUCUACAAUGGCUCCUCAGUCUCUCUCGCAGGAGACUACCCAUAGGUUUCCUAUCACAUCUCUACCCCAAGAAUCGAAGGAAGACACCGACUCGGAGCUGAAGAGAUAUUAUGCAUCGUUGCGAGUGUCGAUUGCAGAAGCUCGCAUAAAACUCGGAGAAGAGCUGACUGCUUGGAGAGAUGCAGUAGGAAAUGCAGAACUUGGGAAGGAAAAGUCUGUAAAAGCUGAAGUCGAUGACGAAGGAGAGGAAGAGGAGAACACAGAGGAAUGA